AUGCCGAACCCUGGAGCUCGAGGAGAGCAGAGCAUGGCCCGAGGCGUGGAGAGAAGCCGCGGGGGUGCGGGCUGGGCACUGCGUGGCGCCCUGGCGGCCGUGGCGCUGCUCUCGGCGCUCAAUGCUGCGGCCACCGUGUUCGUGCUGUGCCAGUGGCGCGGGCUGAGCGCGGCGCUGCGGGCGCUGGAGGAUCAGCUGGGCCGCGAGCAGCGCGAGGACGGCGCCCUGCGCUCCUUCCUGGCCGAGCUGAAUCGCGCGCCCCGCGGGGCGCUCGCCCCAGUCCCGGACCCCGUGAGCGCCGCGCGCAACAAGCGCAGCCACGCCGGGGAGGCCGCGCCGCACAUCCGCGCCGAGAGCCACGACAUGAUGAUGAUGAUGACCUACUCCAUGGUGCCGGUAGGCGGCGGCUCGGCUCCCCGUAGCGCCCCCGCCGGGGUGGGCGGCGGGCAGUGUGGAAAGAGAGCCCUCUCCUUCCCUGGCCAGAUGGCGAGGUGCUGGGGGGAGAAGACCCUGGGUGUAAGCCCGCCGGGGGAUGUCACCGUGGCAAGCACUUUAGCCCUCUGGGGACCCCCUGGCCCACCAGGACCUCCAGGAGUUGGCGGCUUACCAGGGCACAAUGGAUCAGAUGGACAGCCUGGUCCCCAGGGCCCAAAAGGCGAAAAAGGAGCAAAUGGAAAAAGAGGGAAAAUGGGGCUACCUGGAGCCAUUGGAACUCCAGGGGAAAAGGGAGACCCUGGUGAGCUGGGCUUGACCGGAAAUGAGGGACCGGCGGGGCAGAAGGGUGACAAGGGAGACAAAGGGGACGCAUCCAACGAUGUGCUCACCACAGGUGCCAAAGGUGACCAAGGCCCACCUGGCCCACCUGGCCCGCCUGGGCCCCCCGGCCCUCCGGGUCCUCCAGGACCCCCUGGAAGCAGAAGGUCCAAAGGCCCUCGGCAACCAAACAUGUCCAACGGCCAGUGCCCAGGUGAGAUGUGCGCUGUACCAAAUGAUGACACCUUGGCUGGCAAAGCUGGUGAGAAAGGCAGUGAACGCCACUCCCCACUCACAGAAUCCAUGAUUGCUUCCAUCGGAAAGCCAACACAAGUAUUAAAAGUCACAGAGACAUUUGGGACUUGGAUGAGAGAGUCGGCUAACAAGAGCGAGGAGCGCAUCUGGGUGACUGAACAUUUUUCAGGAAUCAGGGUGAAGGAAUUCAAAGACCAGCCCUCCCUGCUGAACGGCAGCUACGUGCUCAUCCACCUCCCGUACUAUUUCCACGGCUGCGGGCAUGCUGUUCACAACAACGCUUUCUACUACCACAAAGGAGGCUCCAACACCAUAGUGAGAUUUGAAUUUGGCCAAGAAACAUCACAAACUUUGAAGCUUGAAAACGCCUUUUAUUUUGAUCGAAAAUACCUCUUUGCGAAUUCCAAGACUUACUUCAGUUUAGCUGUAGAUGAAAAGGGCCUUUGGAUUAUCUAUGCUUCAAGUGUGGAUGGCUCGAGCAUUCUCGUGGCACAGCUGGACGAGAGGACAUUCUCUGUGGCACAGCAUAUCAAUACCACCUACCCCAAAUCCAAGGCUGGCAAUGCCUUCAUUGCCCGAGGGAUCCUCUAUGUCACGGACACCAAAGAUACGAGGAUAACAUUUGCCUUUGAUUUGUUAGGAGGGAAACAGAUCAAUGCAAACUUUGAUUUAAGAACUUCCCAGUCCGUUCUUGCCAUGUUGUCAUACAAUAUGAGAGACCAGCAUUUAUAUUCAUGGGAAGAUGGCCAUUUAAUGCUUUAUCCUGUGCAGUUUUUGUGAGCUCCCUUGAAGCAGUGAUGGAAUGCACUCUAUUCCCAUUAGUAAAUUUCAGAUAUUCCCUGGAACAAUUUAUAUCCCAAAGAAAACAUGCCUUUAAGGGUAGCCAGAUACUUAACUGUCAUAAUCUCAUGACAUGAGUAUUUAUUUAUAUGGUCAGGGAACCCCCUUGAGAUUCAGACUCCUUGAGAGAAAAUAGCAACAGAUUGGAAGUCAAGACAGUUGAGAUUUAGUGAUUCCUCCACAAAUCAGCUGGGCAAAUUUCCUCUCCCUCUGGGGGUCCUGUUUUUUUCCCCACUGGUAAUGUGAAAGGGCCAGUUAACAUGACCGGGAAGAUUCCCUCUUGGUAAAUGCUGUGAUUCUUAGCUGUUCCUGCUUUCACAAUUUUCAUACAUUUGAUCUUCAGCCACUUGGUGAGCAAAUUUACCUCGGAGUUGACAGGCUCAAUUCCUUGAGCAAUGAAUUCCUUAGUGCGGCCUUACAUUUGGUAACUUGGGAAGCUGCAUGGGCCCUUUAAGGCUGCUGAGGGGCCAUGUGACCCACAGUGUGUACCUGCACCUGCCACCCCAGCGCCACAAUGGCUGUUAUCCUCAGCUCCUGGUAGCCAAGAUUAGCAAAAGCCAGACAGCCACAUGCUCAGGUUUCCUAAUGAAACAGAAACAGGUUCCCGUCAAUUUCUUACCCUGGGUCAGAAACUGGCCCCUCAGGCCACACUGGCCCCUUUUUCCACAGCUACGGAUCUAUAGUCAGAGUACUAAAUAUUGUGUGAGUGGGCAUUAAUCUGGCUAGAACCAUGGGAAGCAUUUUGCAGUUUCCGGAAGAGAGGCACCAUUUGUGGUUAUUAUCUAUAACAAGAUGGCCAACGAUGGCCCUUGAGCCAAAGCCAGCCCAUCCCCUGUUUUUGUGAAUAAGGCAUUCCUGGAACCGAGUCACACACAUCUGGUUAUGUGUUACAGUAUGUGAGUACUUUUGCUUUACAAUGGCAGAGUCGAGUCCUUGCAAGAAAGUUGAGAAGUGGCUCAGAAACCCUAAAACACUCAUCCUGUGGACCUUCACAGCCAAAGCUGGCUGACUGCGACCUGGAAUAGAAAGUGAGUCUGAUUCUUGGAAGGGCCGAUUCACCACAGCCUGUUUGUUACAUUUUGUUUUGGUCCAGACUUAGAAGUGGUCAUUUAUAUGGCUCAAGUUUUUGGAAGAAGGGAAAGAUGAGAACACCAUAAAAUUAUGUGGCCCUCCCAAAAAGCAGUUAGUGAGCUGUUCUUUCCCUAAUACUGUUUUAAAGGAUGUGAUCUGUUCCCCCUGGAUGCCAGGAGAAAAUCCAGUUUAGCUUGCUCCUAAAUGUGCUUAAAUGCAUAUGUUUUUUGCCAGUUCAGUUGUUCAGACAUCCUUUAGCUCUGUGCUGAGGUCCAAGCAGGGUCACUGAGAAGAGUGGAAGUCACUGGGUCCUGCAGCCAGGAAUGGGACCCAGGGAAACUCUUUAAAAUUUUUCAUCCAUUUGCCCUCACUGAAUUCAUGUUUGUGUUGGUGGAGAGCUUCCAGAACUUCUUCACUGGGUCCCCUCCAUUCUCAGGGGCCAAGUCCUGAAUGAUAGCAUCUUAAUAGAAGCAUUUUAAAACUUAGGGGAUUUACAGGUUUAAAUAUUUAAACCUCCCCACCCCCUGAAAAUACCUAGGCAACUAUUAGGGACAUUUUAUUGUUGUGUUCUCAAAAUAAUGGGUAUUUGAAACUUUCCCCCCACUUUUUAAUUAGACUGGUUGUGUCAUGUUACAACUUAAAAAAUACUCUUUUCAAAUUCAUGUUUUAUAACAAAGUAAAAUAGAGUUUCAUGUUCAAGAUCAAUGUGCCUAAUGAAUGCUAGUCUUCUUUUAAAGUAUGUAAAUAUAAAUAUUGCUAUUUAUGGAUACAGGGGACCUGAAUAUGAAUAUGAUUUCAUAGUAACAGUCAUAUCAGUAAUAGUAAUAUAUACAAUACUAAUUGUAUAUAUGGUAGCAAUCAAAUGAGGUUACUGAAUUAGCAUAUAUUCCUUUUGGUAUCUGAGCUAUCUUGGUUGCCCUAGUUGUGGGUAAGGAAUCAUGUCCUCACUACUAGAGAAGCUCAAACUGGAAUUUUUUUUUUCUUUUUUCUUUUUUUUUCUUUUGGCUAUAGCAGGGAAUAAUGUAAGGACAACUGCAUUUGACCAGCAUUUAAUGGAUGAUUUUAUAAUAUGGAUGAAAGUUUGUCUUUACAAAGUGAAAAGAAUUAUGCUUUUAUUCAUUUUUUCUUGCAAAUAGUACUGUCUUUAAAAAAAAAGAGCUCACUGCUAAAAUAGAAUGUAUAACCAAAUAUUUUUAAGUCAAGAUAUCUUUUUAGCAGUUUACACUGUCAUUUAUAACAAAGUUGCUUUAAAGCACUUUCCAAGUAUCUGCACUUCUGAUGUCAGAAUCAAAGCAGAUAAUUCUCUAUCUUCUUUAAUCUAAAGUAGAUAAUUUCCACCCCACUGGCAAGUCAAUAAAACCAUCCCUUCCAACCUCAGAGAUAAGCUGGACCCUAUUUCAAAGCAUUCUCUUUCAAAGUGAUAAUGUGUACGACUGAAGCCAGCAGGAGGUUACAGACUCAGUGCCUCAUUGAGCACAGGUGUUAGGACAGAGAAAGAGCUUUUGGGGUGAGAGUUUUUAAAUGAGGAGUUUGGAUCUCAGGCACCUGCAUGGUCUUAUUUUCUUCAAGGUUGUAGGGUGAAAGGCAAAUGAGACACCAAGAUUCUUGUAGAGCCAGCUGUCGUUUUCCAACUGGGGAGAGAACACUUUGGUUAUGACUAUUUGAUGCCAAAACAUCUGAAGGAGAAGUGCAUGACAGGGCUUUCCAGUUUCCAUCCGCCGCUGUGACCUGGUGUGUCACAUUAUUCAAAGUCAUAAUUUCCAAUCUGUAACCACAGAUUCUGAACAAUUCUGAACAAAAUGAAUUAGAAUGACUGUCUUGUUUCUGGUUGUGCUUUAUUUCUCUUUAAUCUAAUUAGUCAAUAAAAUAAUCACUGCUGAACAGAGUCACAUGUUGAAACAAGUGUAUUGCUACUGUUACCUCAUGUUAACUGACAU